UGACCCUCAGCUCACCAGCCAGACCGCUGGUUCGCCGCCGCCAUGGCAAUGAGGCAGAAGCCGCUCACCUGCUCCGGCCACAUGAGACCAGUGGUUGAUUUGGCCUUCAGUGGCAUCGCGCCUUAUGGCUAUUUCUUAAUCAGCACUUGCAAAGAUGGUAAACCUAUGCUACACCAGGGAGAUACAGGAGACUGGAUUGGAACAUUUUUGGGUCAUAAGGGUGCUGUUUGGGGUGCAACACUGAAUAAGGAUGCCACCAAAGCAGCUACAGCAGCUGCAGAUUUCACAGCCAAAGUGUGGGAAGCUGUCUCAGGAGAUGAACUGAUGACCCUGGCUCAUAAACACAUUGUCAAAUCUGUGAAUUUCACUCAGGAUAGUAAUUACUUGUUAACUGGGGGACAGGAUAAACAGUUAUGCAAACCUGAAGCAGAACCCAAGGAAAUCAGUGGUCACACCUCUGGUAUUAAAAAGGCUCUGUGGUAUAGUGAUGAUAAACAGAUUCUAUCAGCUGAUGAUAAAACUGUCCGCCUUUGGGAUCAGGCUACUACGACAGAAGCGAAAUCUCUAAAUUUUAAUAUGUCUGUUAGUAGUAUGGAAUAUAUUCCUGAGGGAGAGAUUUUGGUUAUUACUUAUGGACGAUCUAUUGCUUUUCAUAGUGCAGUAAGUUUGGAGCCAAUUAAAUCCUCUGAAGCUCCUGCAACCAUCAAUUCUGCAUCUCUUCAUCCUGAGAAAGAAUUUCUUGUUGCAGGUGGUGAAGAUUUUAAACUUUAUAAGUUUGAUUGUAACAAUGGAGAAGAAUUAGAAUCCUACAAAGGACACUUUAGUCCUAUUCACUGUGUGCGAUUUAGUCCUGAUGGAGAACUCUAUGCCACUGGUUCUGAAGAAGGAACAUUGAGAUUGUGGCAAACUGUGGUAGGAAAAACAUAUGGCCUUUGGAAAUGUGUGCUUCCUGAAGAAGACAGUGGUGAACUGGCAAAGCCGAAGAUCAGUUUUCCAGAGACAACAGAAGAAGAGCUAGAAGAAAUUGCUUCGGAGAAUUCAGAUUCCAUCUAUAGUUCAACUCCUGAAGCUAAGGCCUGAAUCUGACAUAUGCCACAGAUAGUACAAACUUAUGGACUAAAACAAGCAAGCAGAGAAGAGCAUCAGCCUUCCAGAGAGCUGCUCUCCGCAUAAGGCAAACACA